CCACCUCAUUUACCACCCAUCACCAAUUUUGCAUGGACGAACCUAUGCAUGGGCGUGGGCAUAACCCUGGCGAAUAAAGGGCACUGAACAGAUCUGGCCGGAGGAGGUGUUUUAGUCCCGUUUUUCUCAAGAGUGUGUGGCGGCGGCGGGGAGCAGGCAGCGGCGGCGCACUGAGGUCACGGCUCCGGACGCGCCAUCUUGAGCCUGAUGUGUGUCUCCCCGCACUCUCCGCUCGCCCGCCAUUUACCGCAGGAGCAUACCCUUACUGACCUCCGGAAUGACGUCUGAGUGAAGAGCAAAGACGUGUGCCCCCUCGCGUCCAGGUCUGAGCGGCGCGGAAAAGAGUCGUGUGCCUAGUUAAGCCCCCGCCAGGUCAGGUGUGUCCCCAUGAGCUGGCCGAGGUAGGCGUGGAUAUUCCGUGUGUUCGACGAGGAUUCCCACGCCCAGGACCCGACCCAAGGAACCCAAACCAUCCCAUUAUGGAUGGUGCUGCAUAUGGUGUAUGAGCUGAUGCCAUCACUGUUGGUGCACUCAAGUGACAUGGCCCCUGGAUGGUAGCCCAAGGUGCCAAACCCCCACACUUCCUCAGCCGCUGACCGCGCUGACCCGCCAGACACUAGUGCCUCCCAAAGCACGCACCAAAAUUAAGCAAUGUCUGCCAGUGUGCGCACCCCCCUUCAAACGGUGCCUGAGGCAUUGCCAGCCGAUCAUGUCACCAAGGCGAAGGUAAGGGCACCAAGUGUCACUGGCGGAACUACAAGGGUGAGUGAGAGCAAGGCAGGCAGCAAGGCGGCCGAGAAGGGACAUCGGCCAAGGGUGAGGAAUGUUCCCUUGUCCCGUCCACACCACGGCUCAACAUCCAAACACCGCCCAACAUCACACCACCACCCCCACCAUCAUCACCAACACCACCACCACCACCCCGCUUCUAAACAACACGGCGAGGAUGGCGUGGGCGGCAUGUCGAGCUCCGGAGGCGGCGGGGGCAGCGGGUCGUCGUCGUCCUCGGUGCGGGGCUCUUCCUCCCGCUCCCGCACGGAGGAGAUCGGCAAAUACCGCCUCCUCAAGACCAUCGGCAAGGGCAACUUCGCCAAGGUCAAGCUGGCGAAGCACGUCCCCACCGGCAAGGAGGUGGCCAUCAAAAUUAUAGACAAGACACAACUAAAUCCUGGGUCAUUACAAAAACUAUUUCGAGAAGUGCGAAUCAUGAAAAUUCUUGAUCAUCCAAACAUUGUCAAACUCUUCCAAGUAAUAGAAACAGAAAAGACCCUGUACCUGGUAAUGGAGUAUGCAAGUGGAGGGGAGGUGUUUGACUAUUUGGUCUUCCAUGGUAGGAUGAAGGAGAAAGAAGCCAGGGCAAAGUUUAGACAGAUUGUCUCAGCUGUUCAGUACUGUCAUCAAAAGAAGAUAAUUCACAGAGAUUUAAAAGCAGAAAAUUUACUCUUAGAUUCUGAAAUGGUCAUCAAAAUAGCAGACUUUGGGUUUAGUAAUGAGUUUACACCAGGGAACAAAUUGGACACAUUCUGUGGUAGUCCUCCUUAUGCAGCACCUGAGCUAUUUCAAGGCAAGAAGUAUGAUGGUCCAGAGGUAGAUGUCUGGUCAUUGGGUGUGAUUUUGUACACCCUUGUGUCUGGUUCACUACCCUUUGAUGGGUCUAACUUAAAAGAAUUGAGAGAACGGGUACUAAGAGGGAAGUAUCGUAUACCUUUCUACAUGUCUACUGACUGUGAAAACCUGCUCAAGAAGUUCCUGGUGCUCAACCCAGCACGGAGGGCAUCAUUAGAGACAAUAAUGAAAGACAGAUGGAUGAAUAUUGGCUAUGAAGAUGAUGAACUUCAGCCAUAUGUUGAACCUGAUAUGGACUAUGGUGACAUUAAGAGAAUUGAAAUCCUGAGUGAAAUGGGUUACCUAAGGACAGAGAUUGAGGAGAGUUUGAAAAGUCAGAAGUACGACGAUGUGUACGCCACCUACCUGCUGCUGGGCCGAAGAUCCUCAGAUCUUGAGAGUGACGGCUCCAGGUCAGGGAGUUCCCUCUCACUGCGCAACACAAGCCUAACGCCCAGAGGUCAGGAGUCUAGUGGAGCCGCCCAGUCCCCCUCACACUCUCACCGAGGAGUCCACCGUUCAGUCUCUGCCACCAACUCUAAGCCUUCCUCCCGCAGAGCAUCUUCUGGUGGGGAGACUAUUCGUGGUGGAGGAACAACUCCUGUGUCAACUAAUGCACAGAACCAUGCAGGAACCAACAACUUCCGGCGGCAGAACACCGUUGAUUCUGCAACCAUCAGGGAGAACACUGCCAGGCUGGCCCAGGGAGGGGUUUCCACUACCUCUAGUUCUCGCUCAUCAGCCCUCAAGAACCAAAAUAUUACUGCCCUUGAUCCUUCAGGGGCACCCAGCAAGACUGGAGGAGGAGCAGGUGCAGCAACGAGUCCUGGUGUUGGGAAGUCCCGUACUGCCCAGAAGAGCAACACCAUAACCACAAGAAUGGGUGGCUCAGGCAGACGCUCAACAAUCACCUAUGAUCCCAGUAAAGCAUCGUCAACGGAAAAGACGAAUAUCACGAAUGUUCCAGAUUCUGCCAGUGGUGUGGCUGCAGUACCACUCCUCCCUGGGGCCCCUCCCUCAUGUGUGGUGGGGGCCCCGGUGGACAGCCUGUCCCAUGGCCACCCCUCGACAGCCACUAACUCUCGACCUGCAAAAGGUCAUUUCAAGUCAGCGUCCAUUUCUGCGGGCACGGGUGCUGGUCCAGGUCGAGUGGAUCUCUCGCCCAUAGACCACCCCCUAGAUCCUUUACGGUCAAGCUCAUCAAACAAAACUCCUGUAUCACCUGUUUCAACCAAUCGCAAUCCCUUCCCACGAAACCACCAAAGUCGAUCAACGUUCCAUAGUGGACAAAACAGACGGAAUAACAACACUUAUGGAGGCGUUGGAGCACCUCUAACCACACAAGACACAAGUGUUCUAUCAUCUGCUAGUAGAACCAGUUUCUUCUCCAAGUUAUCUUCAAAAUUCUCAAAACGCCCCCUGGAAACACCACCUAGGCAAGCCGCUAGCCCCUCUGUGAAUAAUGAUGAACAAGUCAAGCCACGGUCAUUGCGCUUCACGUGGAGCAUGAAAACAACCUCUUCACGCGACCCCAAUGACAUCAUGGCCGAGAUUCGCAAGGUGUUAGAUGCAAACAACUGUGAUUAUGAGCAGCGAGAAAAGUUCUUGCUUCUAUGUGUCCAUGGAGACCCUAACACAGACUCCUUAGUACAAUGGGAAAUUGAGGUAUGUAAACUGCCAAGACUUAGCUUGAAUGGUGUUCGGUUCAAGAGGAUAUCGGGAACUUCUAUUGGAUUUAAGAAUAUUGCUAGCAAGAUUGCCAAUGAGCUGAAACUGUGACUACAAGGGGAAUUUGAACUAGGAGAUUCUCUAGUUGAAGUACCACUUGGGCACAACACAGCCUGAUUGGUGUCUUCUCUUCAGGAAGUGAAGUGGGGGGUGCCUGACAUGUGAUGUCUCCGGGUCACACGAUUUUGUUGAAAGAUUCAGGGAAUUAAAACAUAUUCCGAAGUGUGCCUAACAUCCAUCUGAAUCGCUCCUGUUAAAAAUGUUACUAGAGAAAUGUUGGCACUCGGCAAGUUUCGGAGGUGUUUACAGAAUGCAUUUUCGUCUCAUGACCUGGAGUGCGUUGGCCCCCCCCAAUGAAGCUCACAGAAAACUUUUGAUUACAAGUGCACUCAUGGAAGAAUUCUCAUUUUAAGUUCCACAGGCCUCACCUGAAGCACCAUUGGCUUGUUGGCUUCCCAUCCUCACUCUCCAAAGCAUAAAGUGGAACCCUCUCGCUGUUCGAAAUCCAGUUGCCUUUUGAAAUUAAUUGCGAUCACCAAACUUGUUAUACCUAAAAUGUACUAAGCUGCGGAAUCUUUUGAAAAGACAUGAUUAUAUAUAUAUAUAUAUAUAUAUAUAUAUAUAUAUAUAUAUAUAUAUAUAUAUAUAUAUAUAUAUAUAUAUAUAUAUAUAUAUAUAAAAUCAAAGAUAUGAUUGGUUAAACGUGUGAUAUUUGGAAAUGAAGUUUAUUUGAACAAUAUGUGAAUGGACAACAAAGUGUCUUAGUACUUACCCCCUUCCACCAGCACUGGCCAGAGUAGUGCGCGGCUGUGUAGAUGACGUGUGGUGGGAGUUUAAAAGAGCUUCACCAAACACUCCAGUGGACUUUGGGAAGAGUGAGGCCAACACCCACCAUAUCAUAUAGCUCCAUGUGUGAGCCUCACCAUGUGUAACAUUAUCAUUGUGUUGCACUCACAUGUUAACCAGAAGAGGUUCCAAAGGAACAUUUUACCUUGUUUUCUUUUGUAAAUACUUUGGCUGUAGGAAUACAAAAUUAAAGUUGCCCAGUUUUGUUAUGUAUAACCAAUAGGAUGAAUGAGGUGAUUUGAAUAUUGAUAUGUACAGUAUUGUAAAGAUUUGGUCACAUAGCUGACUGAGAACAUAACCCUAAUCCUGGUUAAAGAACUAGUGUGCAACGUGUAGCAUGAGCAGAGCUUGACUCCCAGUUGCCCCACGCCCUUGUGUAGAAACCAAAGACUGGGACUUCACUUCUGUUGUGCCUGGGUUAUAUAAAAACUAUCGAGGAGUAGUGCGUUGCAGUCUGCAAGUGUGAGCCAACUGUCAAGAUGUUUUUUUCUGCCAUAUGCCCCACCUAGCCUUGUUGUAUAUUUACAAGCUCCUGUUGUAAAUGGUGUAGUCUUCUGAUUGGUAACUCAUCAGUCCCACAAUAAAAAAAAUUCAUAUUGCCCACCCACUAUUACACAUCUUUUUCCUCACUGAUUGUUUCCUCUUCCUCAUCCAGACUCAUCACUGAUGCUGACCCAUAUUGUUUAUAUGUUCUGCCUUACUCCUGAGCCACCCUGAACCCUCACAGGUUAUGGAACUGAGGCCUUUGUUCACACCCAUACACUGCUUUUAAUUUUCAUUCAUUGUGUAGAUAUAUUACCUUGCAUUGUCAUUGUCAUUUUAAUUUGAAAUUUCUAUCUUCAUUGUUCAUCUUAAUUAGACCUUCUAGUGGUGGCAGUUAGGUUUUUCUUUUCAUCCUGGGGAUUAUAAUCAUGCAAAUUUAUAGCUGCUAAUAUUUAAUAAAAAUAUGAAAUGAUAAUGUAUGGACCAUAUAUUGACAGUCUUUCUAUACACGACCUUGGGUUUUAACUCCUUUUCAUUAAUUUCUUUGUAAUCACUGGGAGGAAUAUUCAUCCCAAUUAUUUUUUUAUCACAGAUAAUCAUGAUCAUUGAAACCCUAAAGGGGUUGUUGGUAGGGCACAGACCUCAAUCAAACAAAUAGGAGUUUGUAAUAAAUCUGGGAAUUAUGUUGGUACUAAACACUGUUUUUAUAGCCCCACCUGCCUGGCGAGAUGAGUGGCAAAAAGACUACAUGACUUGUUUGAGAAACUUAUCAAGAUUUAUUUAAAUGAUGCUGCUGCAUAUGUUCAUUCCUGUAACUACCAGUGUACAUACUCAACCAGUAGCCCUUGAAAUACAGUGACAAUUCACAUGA